AUGUAUGAAAAAGAAGGAAUCGAGGUGCCUGCUGAUGAACAAUCAAUUGAGUUCUUGAAGUACAAUUUUCCAAAGAAGAUUGAGGAUGAUGCCGAAGUGUUUCCCAGCAUUACAAGAAUUCCAGAUGCUAUGAUCAAGUGUGUUAAUCCAACAAGUUCUAUUUUGAUGACGUAUUUGGCUUCGAUCAAUCCAGAUGAAGACACUGGUAUACUGUUUGCUAAGCCAGAUGCAGGUUCUUCCAAGAAAUCUCGCAAAUCCAAGAAGACUGAGAAAUCGACUAUCGUAGCUACUGAGCGUGUUGAGGUUGUAGUUGUCAAAACUCAUGCAUGA